GUUGCUUCAACCGUCCGCCCGUCCAGCAUGCGGUGCGGCUUGCGGCGAUGAGCUGCUCGAGCGUGUACAGGCCUUAAAAGGCAUAAAAUGUGUGAUAUAAAUAUUUCAAACUUACAUGCCAACGGAGCUCAGGUCGCUGCCCUCCGUACGAAGAAAAACCGAGGUUCGUCGAUGCCACACGCGGCGUUUGCCCUGCUAGGAAACAUGAGCACCUUCGGUGGCACUUUGGUGGAAUACGAACGAUUGUCCGUCGAUCGUUUCGACGGACACAACAUCAAUUCGACCGCCUUCUUGCUGUCACACUGCCACCGCGAUCACAUGCAGGGCCUUGACCGCGGCGCGUUCCGAAAACGACUGCGGAGCAGAUGCGACCUGAAGCUGUACGCGUCCGCGGUGUCGUGUCGACUGCUGCUCAACGAACCCAAGUACGCAUGGCUACGCCGCCGACUGACAGCGUUGCCGCUGGACGCACCUACUACGCUAACCGUGCCGGCCGACGGCGCGAGCAGCUACACAGUGGUCGUCACCGCUAUUCCCGCAAAUCACUGCGCCGGCUCCGUGAUGUUCCUCCUGGAGGGCGAGCGCGGGACGGUUCUCUACACGGGCGACUUCAGGCUCGACGUCGGUAGCGCAUCGACCCUGGCGUCGCUUCACUGCGACGCCGGCCGCGUGAAGCCCAUCGACGCGGCCUACGUUGACACGACGCUGUGCCACCCCAACGCGGCGUACGUCCCCACCCGGCGAGACAGCGAGCGAGUCUUGGUGGAUUUCUUCGAACCACGGUUCAGGGCAGGUGACUCCCUACGGCUGGCGCUGCCCGGCGCAAAGCUGGGCUACGAGACGUUGUUCGCUUCGCUCGCGCUGGCGUUCGGCGUCAAGGUUCACGUAUCGAGGGGUCAGAUGUCUCGCUACGCCGGUGUCGUCGACGUGGCGGAAUCGCUGACCCUGGAUGCGGAGACGACCCGGAUCCACGCCGACUGCGAGUGCGACGUGGGGCCAAACUGCGUGACGGUCAAGCCGUCGGCCAUGUGGUUCGCUCACCGUGUGGCACCGAGCCGUCUGAUCGAGAGAGUUGCCGAGGGCGUCCAUCGGCUGUGUUACUCGACGCAUGCGUCACUUGCCGAGGUGCGCGAUUUCGUGCGCUAUUUGCAGCCGCGUACGGUGCGGGCGAACGUUCGCCUGCGUGGUGUGGCCGACGUCGCGGCCCUCCUGGGUGUCGCCAGAGGCAGCCGAGCCGAAGAGCCCGCGUGGAACUUCUGGGGCUCGGAUGACGACGAACCUUCUGCGGACGCCGCAGAUCAACUUUCCUCUCGUACGACGACGGCGACCAGCGUCAUGUCCAGUAUCGAGUAUGCUCGAUGAAUUGGGACGACAUGAUGCGAAUAGUGAACAGUGCCCCGUCGUGUACCGUCGUCUGCACUGUUCUAGCAGAGUUUUUGUUUCAGCUGGUUGGUCAGACAUACUGGUAUGUGCAUUGGGGGAGAAGCGAAAUAACAGAAGAUGAUGAUGAUGAACCUUUAUCAUGGCUCGUACCCACUGAGGGGGAAGAAAUCGUCCCGUCGAUGUGUGUUUCCUUGUCUUCGUUCUUUAUGUUCAUUCUCUUGCACCUUAAUACUUAAACUGUACCGUUCACCAUGCUACGCAAACUAACUAGCCCAGUUUUGUACCCUCAUGAUAUUGUCCUAGUUACAAGAAGCUCUCACAGACAAAACAAAAGAAGAGUGUGCAACCUAUAUGUGUAAUACCUCUGUCACACGAGCACGCAAAAACUCUUUUACGCAAGCGGUCUUUUACCAAGUUGAAAGACUUUUGAAUGAAGAGGUGUUGCGCAGCAGACACACGGCGCCGACCUUAGAAUAAAGACCAACUUCUCCUCAA